AAAUGGGAUAUCAAUGUAAAUGUGAGGGUCUGUUUGUUUGGCCAAUUGACACGUGUCAUUCAUAUGAGACCUGUGAUAACAUCACUGAUGGUGUGUGUACAUGUAUCAAUGCUCUUCCAAACAAUGGACAGUUCUGUCAGUUAAAGAAAGGGCCGACUUCAAACUACAUGAUUGAUGUUGAUGUGAGAUUCUUUGACUCGUCUCUUGUGAACUACUUACGAAAUCUGAUCACAAAUAUCAACUUUCCUCUCGCUCUGAGCAACAACAUAAAUGUCACAAAUAUCGACAUGACCACUGUGUGUGGAUUAAAUGGCACAGAAUAUGAGUGUAAGUGUGAGGAGCAUCAUGUCUGGUCCAAUGACACCUGUGAGGUCUAUCAGGUGUGUGAUGGGAUUGUGGGAGGAACUUGUGGAUGUAUUCAAGGUCUCCCUUCAGAGGGUCAACUUUGCCAGAGAGACAUAAAUGAAUGUGAAGAUGCACAGUCAGUGUGUGGUCAAAACUCAGAUUGUAUUAACACCAUUGGGAGUCACAUUUGUUCAUGCUGGAGUGGAUUUGCUCCCUUGAAUAAAGACAUUCCUGUGAGCGUCAACAACUCAUGUGUCCGGACGCAACCUUUAACUGAAUAUCUGAUUGAAAUUGAGAUAAAUACCCUGAAUCCUGCCAUCAUUGAUCAGCUGAGGAGCCUUCUGAUGUCUUUCAAUUUACCCUACACACUCACUGACAACACAAACAUUACAGAAAUCAACAUAACUACUGUCUGUUCUUUGAAUGAAAUGGGAUAUCAGUGUAAAUGUGAGGGUCUGUUUGUUUGGCCAAUUGACACGUGUCAUUCAUAUGAGACCUGUGAUAACAUCACUGAUGGUGUGUGUACAUGUAUCAAUGCUCUUCCAAACAAUGGACAGUUCUGCCAGUUAAAGAAAGAUCCGACUUCAAACUACAUGAUUGAUGUUGAUGUGAGAUUCUUUGACUCGUCUCUUGUGAACUUCUUACGAAAUCUGAUCACAAAUAUCAACUUUCCUCUCGCUCUGAGUAACAACAUUAAUGUCACAGAUAUCGACAUGACUACUGUGUGUGGAUUAAAUGGCACAGAAUAUGAGUGUAAGUGUGAGGAGCAUCAUGUCUGGUCCAAUGACACCUGUGAGGUCUAUCAGGUGUGUGAUGGGAUUGUGGGAGGAACUUGUGGAUGUAUUCAAGGUCUCCCUUCAGAGGGUCAACUUUGCCAGAGAGGUAAGAAAUCACAAUUGUGCUAA